AUGGUGGUGGUGGAUAUUGACUAUCGCGAGUACUUUCUCCCCGAUACUAUUCAGGAGCUGCAGCGCGCUUUCGACAAGUUUGACACAUCUGGAGAUGGUGCCAUCUCAGUCAAGGAGUUGUACCAAAUGUUUCGAAGUCUUGGCAAGAAAGUGAGCCGCCAGCAGCUGAAGCAUGUGCUUGCGGAGAUUGAUACCGAUGGGAAUGGUGAGAUUGAGUUCGAGGAGCUGUGCAUGCUCGAGAUCAAGAUGAGCGGGGCCCGACCACGAGCAGAUCUCAUCGAUUAUCGGGAGUUCCUGACCGAGCGCCAGGUGGCCAAACUGGAGACGGCUUUCCUCCGUAACGAUAGAAAAAACACAGGUCUUAUUGGUCUCGACGCCUUCUGCAGCAUCGUGGAAAGUCUCGCACCCUGGACCGAUCGAACACCUGUUGAGCAGCGUGCCACGCGCGAGGACUACGAGGACGUACUGGCCGAGGUGGAUCCCCAAUGCCGCGGCAGCAUUGACUUCCACCAGCUUUGCUCGGGCUUUGCAGUCCUCACAAAAGCACGUAAGAUGGUAAACUACAGAGAGUACCUCCAGCAGGACGAGGUAAAGGAGUAUCGUCGCAUUUUCAACGCCACCACGCAGAAGAAGGGCCAAAGUGGGCUGUCGAAGUCAGACCUGGACCGGAUCUUGCGCAGAAUGGGUGCUACACUGCCGAAGGCGCAGCUGCGUGAGUUCUUUCAGUACUUCGACACCGACGGCUCGGGAUUGAUGGACUUUGAGGAGUUCUGUGUGAUGCUCCUAAGGGUCCGCAACCUGAACAAGAAUCGGAUCGUGAGCCCGGAGACUUGCAGCUGUUCUCAGUUGUGGAAAGAGGAGGAAUUCAGCAUCGAGGAGCUGCAGCAGUCCGGCUUCACGCUGGAGGAUUUCAAGAAUGCCAGCAUACCGGUGUCUGCUCUACAUAAAGAUGGAGGAUACUCCGCGCUGGAGCUGCGACGUGCCGGAUUCUCUGCCAAGGAGCUGAAGCAAGGUGGGGUGGCGCUGAUGGAGCUUCGGCGAGGUGGCUACAGCCUCAUGGACCUUCGCCUGGCGGGGUUUUCAGCUCAAGCCCUUGAAGGUGCCAACCGCCAGCUCCUUGGGUCAUUCUCAGCUGGUGACCUCUCUGUGCUCCCACGCAUGGCUCCCAAGCCUGUGGUCUCCAAGGGCUUCGCGCUUAGCAGCGCUGGCUUUGCGUUGCUGAAGAACGCACCAGGCUCCUUUCUGGAUGUCGCUGUGCAGCGGCCUCUACAGCGGCAAAUGACGCCGAUGAUCCGUGAGCACACCGACUGGAAGUCUCCCUACACAGGGCAGGCGAACACGACUGGGGACAGCCUGGAUGCUUUGGCCGCCACCAGCUUCCAGAGGUCUAGGCCCAGUGACAACAAUGGGUUUCUCCUGGACGCGAAGGGCAAAUUCUUGGGUGGUUGA